AUGGACGCGAACGAGCCGACCCACUUCAACGUCCUGAUCGCCGGGACUGGCCUGCACGAGUCUAUCCUUGCGGCCGCCCUGUCCAAGGCCGGCUACUCGGUCCUCCAGCUCGACAGCGCACCCUACUACGGCACCGAGCAUGCCUCGCUCUCGCUCCUCGAGCUCGCCGACUGGGCCGCCGCCAACUCGGACGCCGACCCUUCGUCGUCGUCCCCACCCGACUCGCUUCGCCGCAUCUCGCAGCGCUUCGCCCUGAGCUUGUACCCGGUCCUCCUCCGCGCCAAAGGUCCCGCCAUCGACCUCCUCGUGCGCAGCAAAGUCGCGAGCUACCUCCAGUUCGGCCUCCUCGGCGGGAUCGCCCUGUGGCAGAGCGACGGCGGCGGCGGCGGCGAGGGCACGGGCAAGGGCAAGGCGGUGCGCGUGCCGGCGAGCAAGGCCGACGUCUUCAACGACCCGACCCUGUCGCUCGUCGAGAAGCGCCGGUUGACCAAGCUCCUCCUGUUCGCCGCCGGCGACGACUCGCUCGAGCACGACAAGGUGCUUGCGGCAGAUCCCGACACGAGCUUUGUCGACUACCUCAAGAAGGGCUUCUCGCUGUCGGGCACGGUCGCCUCGUCGCUCGCCUACGCCCUCGCUCUCUGUUCCUCGCCGACCGAUGCCGCGUUGCCGGCGCUGCAACGCCUACGCGCCAUGAUCCAGAGCAUGGGUCGCUACGGCCCGUCGCCGUACCUCGUCGGGCACUAUGGCGGUGCGGGCGACCUCGUCGGCGGCUUCUCUCGCAUCUGCGCCGUCUGGGGCGGCGGGCAGAUCCUCGGUCGGCCGAUCCUUCCACUCGACCCGUCCCCGACCGUCGGCCUGCCCGUACCCGCCUCGCAGCCGCCUUUCGCCGUUCACGACAAGCCGCCUCCGCCACCUGCGGCGUCGACCUCGGACGCCCCGAGCGACGAGACGCGCCCACUCGGGAUCCCCGUCCAGCUCGAGGAGGGUCAAGAGCCGACCAUGUUCACCGGCGACUGGGUCGUCACCUCCCCGCACCUCCUCUCGACCCUGGUCCCGGCUCACUCGUCCUCGAUGGCCGACCCUGCCCCUUCCUCCGUCCCUCGCACCGCGCACCUCAUCGCGCUUCUCCCCUCGCCCAUCUCGUUCCCUCCCCCUCGACGACCAGAAGGCGCCACCGACGACGACGCCGACCUCGACGAGCCCGACUCGAAGCUCCUCGUGUUCCCGCCGGGCGCGUUCGACGAGCGUCUCGGGACGUGCUCGGCCUUGAUGGUCGGAUCGGGGACGAUGAGUUGCCCCGAGGGCUACUACGUCUUGUACCUCGCCGCACCCGUCCUCUCGACGACCGACUCGCCCGCACCGACCGCUCGCGCCCUCCUCUCGCCCUACCUCGACGCCCCUCUCCUCUCCCCGACGCCUCUCGACGCCUCAUCCGCCGAGCCCUCGCCGCCGACCCCGAUCGAGCCGCUGUACAGCGUCGCCUACCUCUCGCCGACCCCGCCCGACUCGCCGCCGAGCACCGCCUCUCCCUCCGCCUCGACCACCUCUCCCUCGUCCUCCUCGCUCCCCGCCAACCUCCUCGUCACCUCCUCUCCGACGCCGGCCUCGACGGCUGCCGCCCUCGUCGACACGCUCGACGCGCUGCCACCCGCCGUCGAGUCGGCCUUCUGGACCAUCGUCGGCUCGCGAGGGCGCGACGAGGGCGUCGAGUUCUUUGCGAGGGCGCCCGAGGGUGGGACGGGUGCGGGAGGCGAAGGAGACGAGGAGGACUGA